UCAAGAUUGUGACAGUGGCUUUGGUGUGUUUUUUUUUUUUUCCAAAAAAAAAAUCAGGUGAAACUGAGGAAGGGAUUCGCUUUUGUAGAGAACAUGGCCUUAUACUAAAUACUAUUGAGUGUGCAAAGUGUGGGGCAGACUGCCGGACGGAUAUAACGGAUAUACACUAAGAUGGCGGUCGAUAAGCUGAAAAGGUCUGUGUUUUCCCUCCUCCUCCUCGUGCUCCUCUACUGCUCGACGAUAAUUUUCUCCUUCGACACAAAAAGAAGCAGUUUUUCACCAUCAUGGGGUCGUGCGGAAGGCAGUCACUUUAAAGUUGAUUCCGGUCAGAUGUCAAAGCCGUUAAUGGAGGCCGAACAGAUGCGUCAACAGGUGGUAAGAGACGUGCGUUACACUUGGCAGUUCUUGAAGUUCCACCUGAGGAAUCUUAAUUCGAACACCAAUUCUAGCACUGUUCAUGAAGAUGUGGAACAUUACUUUAGAGCGACCUCCCACGACCUCACGCGCCUUGGCGAGGUCGACGGGUUUCAGGAGUGGCGGGAGGAGGAGGCCGCCGCCCUUAGCGCCCUCGUGCAACAUCGGCUGCACGUCCUGCAGAAUCCUCGCGACUGCGCCUCCGCCAAGAAGAUCUACUGUGACUUUAAAGCGCAGGGCCGAGGUAUGGGGAGCCAUCUGCACCACCUGAGCUACUGUUUCCUGGCAUCAUAUGGCACUCAGCGAACCUUGAUUCUGAACACGAAGGGUUACAAUGGCAACCCCAAAGGACUGGAAACAUUCUUUCUUCCUCUCAGCGAGACCUGCACGAGUUACAGCAAGUCUCAGAUGGCUCCUUGGCCAGGAAAGAAAGAUUCGCUUGUUGUACAUUUCCCGGAUUGGGACAGACCGAACCCAAGGCCGAAAUAUUUUCCAAAAUCAAUCCCGAAGGACAUUUCCAAGCGUCUGAUGCGUCUCCACGGGGAUCCUUUUGCCUGGUGGAUAGGCCAGUUCUUCAAGUAUGCCAUGAGGAUGAACAAAGAUUUCCAGAAUUACACUGACAACCUAGCGCGAGAAAUGGGUUACGAGUCUCCUGUUGUAGGCUUGCAGAUUCGGCGGUCAGACAAAUUGCAGAAGGAAGCAGUUUACAUUGACCUCAGUGUGUACAUGGAAGAAGUGGAUGGAUUCUACAAAGAGCUGGAGUUGCGUCAGACCGUUGCUCAACGAAGGAUUUUCUUGGCCACUGACGAUCCAGAAGUAAUUCCAGAAAUAAAGAAGAAGUACCCGGAGUACAAGCUCCUGUACAACCCGGCCAGCGUAGACUCGACGCGCAAAAGCCAGCGGAAAAAGGGGCCGAGUGUACAAUAUUUUCUCGCUGAUGUUUACUUCCUGUCGCGAUCCGACUACCUUGUCUGCGGGAUGACCUCCAAUAUCUGCAGGCUGAGUUACGAGCUGAUGCAGACCCUUCAUGUUGACGCGUCGACCCGCGUCUCGUCGGUCGACAGAGAUUACUACUUCCACUAUGAGGUCGGAAACGUUGUCAAGGCUCGUUUUACUCAUAAGCCCACAAGGACCGGAGAACUAGAAAUGCAGGAAGGAGAUCUGGUGGACCGAAUCGACAUACCUAUUGAUUUCUCCAAACAUCCCAGCAAAAACAAUGGGUUUCAGUGGGGCACGAACACGCGUACCAAAAAAUCAGGUUAUUAUCCUGUUUACAAGACCGUCGAAAUUUUGGAAAAAGCAGAUGUCCAGUCCUUUGAAAACAUUGACAGAAUGAGGAAAACCGAAUAA